AUGGCGUCCGCGUCCUUGGAGACAAUCGAGAGCGAAAUAACGCAUCUAUUUUCUAUUUCUGAAUUCAAACCGGAGCAAAGAAAAAUAUUUGAGGCAAUAUUGGAGGGCAGAGAUUGUGUGGCUGUUCUUCCAACUGGGUUUGGAAAGUCCUUACCGUAUCAUGCAAUUAUUUCUGCCAAACGCCAGCAAAGUGUUACCUUUAGGGUUAUUGUUAGCUGCCCGCUAGUUGCUCUCAUGGAAGAUCAGGUUUCCAGACUUCGAUCAUUGAAGAUAAGAGCACUAUAUAAAGGUAAAAGCCGUGAGACAGACGAACAAGUCAAGAGAGGGGAUUUCGAUAUUCUGUUCGCCUCUCCAGAGACAUUAGUUGGUGAUGAGGAAUGGAGAGAUGCUAUUAAAGAGAUAGAUGUCUCUUUGAUAGUUGUGGAUGAGUUUCACACUGUGACAGAAUGGGGCGAAAAUGAUAAAGGCAAGGUAGCUUUUCGUAAAUGGUUUAGGCAUUUAGGGGAACUGCGAUCUCUAUGUCCAUAUGCUGCCUUGCUAGCCGUCAGUGCAACCUGCACCAGAAAAGUCUACAAAAAAGUAGUUAAACUUCUCAAUUUUAAAGAAGAUGCCCUUGUUAUCAGAAUGUCGCCCAACAAAAGGUUACUAAGAAACCCAGAUAGCAAAGCAAUUAUAAUAGCGACAAGUACACUUGGAUUGGGGCUUGAUGUGGCAAACUGUAACUCUGUUAUUAUUUACGGGCUGCCGAAAAGUGUGAUCGACUUGCUGCAGGAAAUGGGGCGAGAGGGUAAAGAUGGCAGAAAGUCAGUCGCCAUUAUUGUGUACAAAUCCACCCAUCUGCGCAACGCCAAUGAAGAAAUGCGAAAUGUAUGUACAACAAAUAUGUGCAGGCGCCAGGAAUUGCUUUCUACUCUUCUCAAUGAACAUGAGCUUGAAGAACUAUCUAAAUCAACCCAUGAUCAUCAUAGUUGUUGUGACAAUUGUGAGAGAAAUUGCUCAUGUUGUCAUUGUGAAAAGCAAGGCAUUGAGGAGUUUUAUAUAGAUGACAAUGCUGACAAAUGUAGCAAAGAGUCUGACUCUGAUACUCUUUCCAAUUCAGGAGUUGAAGAAGACUGUUGUAUUUUUUAUCGAUAA